AUGAAGCAAGUUCUUGCUGUGGGCCUUGCGCUUCUGCCAGCGCUCUCACUGAAGGUGCCUUCCAGCCUUUUAGAUGAAGGUGAAGGUGAAUGCUUUUCUCAUUCAUGCGGCAAGGGCUACAUCCCGAAAUUUGAUCAUGAUACUCGAAGGGGCGACUCAGAUGUGCAGUGCUGCCAGCCGACAUGUGAGCUGUACACGUGCUCGGGCAAUUUCGUAGCCAAUGAAGCCUAUAAGGGCAACAUUGGUCGAACCAACGAGCAGUGCUGUGACCAGACCUGCAGUGCGGUGAAAUGCCCAGAAGGCAAAAAGGUGCCAGCAGAUCUCAAGAAGUCUCCCGGAAAGACAGAGAAGGAAUGCUGCAAAGACACCUGCAACGACUUUCUGUGCAAGCCUUUUACCGUUCCCAUUGGGGCAAAUCAGCAUGAAGUCUACCCAGAUGGAGAAGCACAGAGCUUUUGCUGCGAGCCAACCUGUCAAGCUUACACAUGCGACGUCGCCAAGAACCUUACUUUGGACCCGGCCAAAGCAACGCUCACAAAAGUCAGCGAUGAGACGUGUUGUACACCGACCUGCGGCAGCGUAACCUGCCCUGCUGGCUUUAAGAUACAUCCUUCGAAGGUCAACAUGGAUGCCAAGAAAACUGACUGCUGUGAGCCUUUGUGCAGCUCGCAUACCUGCAGUGCUGGUUGGGUUGCCGAUGUCACCAAGGUUGCAGCUGUCGGAAAUACGGAUGAGGUUUGCUGCCAAAGGACGUGUGAAGUCUUCCAAUGUUCCUCUGGUUGGGCGAAGAACUCUGUAGCAGCCAAGAACAUUGGUGUUGAUGAUCCGACCUGCUGUUUGCCAGAGUGUAGCCAGUAUCAGCCAAAAUGUGAGGGAGACUAUGCGCCGAACCCUGAUGCCAACAAGACAGUUGGGCAGACGGCAGAUGUGUGCUGUAAGAAGACUUGCUCCCUCUAUGCGUGCUCGGAUGGCAGCAUCAACAUUCCAGAUGCCAAGAGCGUGGUGGCUUCCACAAAUGGUGAGUGCUGCGAAGACGCGCGUUGCCCCACAUUCCGCAAGAAGACUGAAGUCAAGGAUGGUUGCAACCAUCUGGGCAAGGAUGAGUGUGAGAACAACUACAUGAAGCUGAAGAACACUGCAACCAAUAAGACUGACAGCUUGGCAUGUAAGUGGGCGGACUUCGGCUUUUGCCAAGUCAAUGCGCUUGAGCCAGCCAAUUGUGCGGAGUAG